UUUUCCAGCCGUCCGAUGUAUUUUUCGCGGCCGUAUAACGGACGGUAGCUUCGGAUUCAAAGAUCCUCACUCAGCUUCAUGCUUACGUGCAAGCAAAAUGUUCUAAAAAACAUUCUUACUAGUUAAAAAUAGGGUACUGCCAUUGUUUUUUCAAAGUGGACGUUACUUGUACAGUUAAACGUGAGUGCAGCUUUUAGCAACAUCCUAACCGGUCUAUAAACAGAAAUUUUUUGGAUAGCAGCAGUUGUGCAAGGGGAGAGGAGACUAUGAUUGGGAGAGAUCAAUAGACCGUAGACCAGGCCUUCUCUUUCUUCUCUUUCCUGGUUUUCUGGGCUUCUCUGUGUGUUCUAUUCGUCUAUCUACUUACACAGUUACACCAGUCACCGGCUAUGGUCUGUGGUGCUAUCUCCAUCUUGUCCUCCACAUCUUCGUUUCCAUCCUAUUCCAAUGACGAAUCACCUUCGGCAACUGCUGCUGCUGCUACUACUACGACUACUACAAAGAGCAGAUCAUUGGAAGUCUCGAAAUGGAAACCCAAAGGCGUGAAACGAGUUUCUUUCCGCUUUGCUCCCCGAGCUUUGGAGAUUGGAGCUUUUUCGCAGAAACCAAUCGAAGAUGGUGCUUCCAAUAACUUUCCUGAGAAUAAUUCCAUUGCUGAUUUCAUGAGAUUCCAAAGAGGGAACGGGGGAAGCAAUGGUGAGUUGCAGACGGCAGUUGUCAGCUACAGAAAGAAGUUCCCGUGCUCUCUUCGGCCUUUUCUUCAGGUUGAUUUGGUGUCCACAAUACACAUCGCAGAUAAAGAGUAUUUUGUGACCCUUCAGGAGGAACUUGAACACUAUGACUGCGUUCUUUAUGAGAUGGUUGCAAGCAGAGAGAGCUUAGAAAAUAGUAGAAACCCAACUGCUACCAAAAAACUGAAAGGUUCAAGAUCACAUGGAUUCAAUAUUCUUAGAUGCAUUCAACGGAAAAUGGCUCGAAUUCUUACUCUUGACUUCCAAUUGGACUGUCUUGACUAUCAGGGUGAAAAUUGGUACCAUGCGGACCUUGACUAUGAGUCCUUCAAGGUUCUACAGCUGGAAAGAGGUGAGAACUUCUUUACAUUUUCCAGAGAAAUGAGCCUUAAAUCUAUGAAGGCCAUAGUGCAGCCAGUUAGUAGUCCUGUAGAUCUUGGUCCUUGGAAAUCCAAGCUUCUAUGGGCUUCCUGUGUGCUACCCAUGCCCCUUGUUGGCCUUCUCAUUAUAAGAAGCAUCUGCUUAGAUCUGCAAAAUGAGACAUCUGAAUAUCCAGAGGUGGAGGCACUGUCCAUGCUUGAUUUUGGUGCUGCAAUGAAAGUUUUCUUGGCAAAGAGGAUAACUUCUGAGUUCGCACGGGCAAUAGCAGAUGUGGAAGAGAAAUCUGUUAUCCUUGGUGAGAGGAACAAAGUUGCAAUAGAGGCAUUGAAGAGGGCCAUUGAUGAAGGACACAAUAAGAUUGCGGUGUUGUAUGGGGGUGGGCACAUGCCAGACUUGGGUAGGAGGUUACAUGAGGAACUUGGUCUGCUACCAUCACAAGUUCAAUGGAUAACAGCAUGGUCCAUAAGGAACCGGGAACUUGAGAGUCAAUCAUUCCCAUUCCUGAAGACUUUAGCCAAACUAUCAGGUUGGCCACUGAAUAGGUACCAGACUGUGGCAUUGCUCAUCUUCUCCUUAGUCCUGGCAUUUGAUCUCUGGCUCUGGGAGCUCUUUUUCAGCACUGCGUUGAACUGGGUCUCUCAGGCUGCUUCUGAAGUUUGUCAAUUUAUUAAGAAUGCAAAGAUGGUAUAAUAAUCUCCAUGGUGCAGUGUUUAAGUUACAUUAUUUUUAACUAAACAUGGAGGCCUCCUGUAGAUACCUGUAUAAAUAACCAAAGAUUGUAAGCCCUCCUGAUUUAAUAAGCAUUAACCAUUAGAAGCAUUAAAACUCCUCGGCAGAUAAAAACUUUGUUGCUUUUGUCAAUAAUCUUCAGAUGCCUUAAAUGUGUAAUUUGAAGAUUAGAAUGUUUAUGCUUUGAGUGAGCCCAUAUCCCGGAGGCUGAAAAUUCUAAUCUCAGGCUUUGAAAUGGCUAAGAGGGCAUAGAUAUCAAAACCAUCACCAUUGAAUCAACAGAUGACAGACUUGAUGGUGGUAUGUUGUCAACUUGUCAUUGUGGUUAAUUCUUAUUGUCCAACAAACAGAAAGGGCCUAUUUGUAUAAUUCUCGAAAAUAUUGAGGGGGAAAUUUUAAGAAGUUUAAAAAGUGAAGGGGAAGUUAAAGCAUUUUUCGGAACAAACAGGGGAGGGUUGAGUAAUUUACCCAAAAGCAAAAUAUCCUUUUUGCUCGAAGAGGGUCCAUAUUCCAUUUGGCUUAAAAUGGUGAAAAAUCUACAUUGCUAGUCGCUUGAACAGAUUCUUCGCUAACACGAACCAGGAGGGAACAAUGAAUUUGUCGUGAUUUCAUCCACCCUCUUUGCCGGUAAAAUUGAAAACCACUUCCCCUAUACAAAGCUUUGUCUCUAACAUUACUUGAACUAUGGAGUAUUGAGAAGCUUUUUGAAUCUGCUUCUUGCCCUUCUACUACCAGCUGACAUCUCUUCCCUCUUAAAAGCCGCUGCUUUCCAUAAGCUUGGUGCCAUAACAAGCUUAACCUCCUCCUCCUCCUGCCUAAGCAUCGCUAAUAUUUCCUCACGGAGUGAAGGAAUAAAA